AUGUCACUUCCUGCCUACUUGCAAGAUGACGAAGAUGAUGAAGACGCUGACUUCAUCCCUGGGGUGGGAGAUGAGGAUGAAGAUUUCAGAAGCGACGACGACGACGAAUCAUCUGAAACGGACAAUGAUGAGAUUCCCCCUUUUCUACAAGGCUUUUUGGAGGCAGAUCCAACAAAUCAAACCAUCAUUUUCAAGGAUAACGAAUCCUUUUGUCUGAGCUCUGAAUCUCCGACAGGAUCAGGAUGGAGUAUACAUGAUCCGCUGCUACCCAGACCUGUCACUUUUACUGGUUGGAUUGGUGAUCCGGACAAAUGCAUCGACUUCAAAGUACAAAUAUUGGAAAUAUCGGAACAAGCUGUAGACACUUUGGAUGAAAAGCUUCUGCAAGCGCAGCACGAAAAGCUACAAUCUGAACUCUUAGGUGGAAAGAAAAUGGCUGCGUCUCCAGCCAGUGUUGAUCAAGAUCAAAAGGAAGCAGCACGUCCAGCCAUGUGUCAACCGGUAAAGAAUCUACCCGCUACGAAACAAGGAUCAACAUCGAGGGGAGAAUCAAAAUUACAUACAUUUUCCAUCGUGGGAUCAACAUUUCAAAAAUCAAAAGUCGUCAGUUUUCGAGGCGUCUUUCGUCCACCGACAAAUACUGAAGAUGCAUCUUCAUUGUUCCUUAUCUGCACAACAAAGGUCGAGAAUGCAGCAGUUGCUACCCCCAGUAAUGGGACUGCAACAGCCGCAAAACGAAGACGCGACGAUGACAGUGACAACGACAAUUAUAAUUCUGGAAGAAUCAAGGUCGAUUAUCAAGAGCUGAUUGAGUUGCACGAGGAUGCAAUGCUCCACCAGCAAUAG